UUGAUAAUAAUAAUAAUAGGACGCCGGGGAGGGGAGGCCUGGAGGCGGGCCUCUGAGUCAGGAAAGGCCGAGGCUUCUCCGGGCGCUAGGCCUCGAUGCUGAUGAGGGGAGCGGCGGGUGAGGCGGACUUCCAGGGCAACGGGGCCCGAGGAGGGAAGCUCAGCCUCAGGAGGAAGAGGCCUCUGGUCCUCGAAGGAGAAAGAGAGGGGCAGCCAGCGGGAGAAGGGCCUCUUCGAUCGUGUGCCAGCAUCGCUUCCCAGUUUCAAAGGCAAGGCGAUGGCGAAGGCGCAUGGAUGACGCUGCUCAGGGCUCUGGAGCCACAUCCGGAUCCCUCGAGCUUAGAAGAGAUAGCCAACCUGCCAGUGUUUCUUCCAAAGAGAUCUCAAACUGCAAACCCUGAGGCAGAACCAGAAGCAUUUAACGCCGGAACGAAAGCGUUUCAGUGGUUUCCAUUUCCAGUCUACCAAAGACAAAGCAGAAGAGAAAACGGAAGGGGAAACCCAUCCAGUGAUGAUACUCUUCUACAAGGCGGUUCUUCGUUGAAUGAGUCUGCCUCAACGUUACCUUCGCGAGACCCUUGUUUGGCUAGUUUCAGCGGCCAGGAAAAAACAGAGCAUCCCACUCUGGAAAAGUGUCCUCUGUGUCAGAUGCGCUUUCCUGGAACGUGGUCAGGACUGGAGGUCGAUAGUCAUCUGAGCCAGUGUUUAUCGGAAAGCACAGAUGACGUCGUGUGGUGACCAAGAACAAAGCUCCGCGAGAACCGACAAUGCUGAGAGUUGUGGAAAUUGGCGACAGUAAACCAUGUAGCAACAAAUUUAAAAAUGAAGUUCUUGUGCUAUUUAAAAA